UCAGAAGUGAUGGACACUCGACCUGUCGUUGUUUGUUAGACAGCGCGUGCGACAGAUCACUAAAUAAACAAAUAAUCAUCUCUCCCUGCGGCCCAAGCAUUUGACGAAAUCUUUGAACAUCGCAAAGUCUUCUGAGCAGUUCUGAGCUCGCUCUGACGAAUUGCUUGUCUUUGGGUGAGAACCGCCGUCUGACAGGCAGGACAUCGAGUGUGACAAGAGAAUGAAGAGAGAAUGGCACCAAGGAGUCUUCGGGGGAACAUCAGCAAUCCUCCUUCUGGGUGUCCUGGGGCUGGUACAGGUGGCACGAGUGAGUGCAGUCAGACGAGAGUACUACGUGGCUGCUGUGAAAGAAAUUUGGGAUUACGCCCCUUCGGGAAAGGACAAUAUGCCUUAUAAAUCCAAGAAAAACAACGCCUUCUCGCAAAACAGCACCUCAGACACCUACCUGGAGCAAGGUCCACAGAGAAUAGGCAGAAGGUACAAGAAAGUCUUGUACCGCGAGUACACGGACGGAACCUUCACGGUCCAGAAGCCGCGCGAGGAGUGGAUGGGGUUCGUGGGGCCGAUCCUUGCCGGCGAAAAGGGCGACACCAUUCGUGUUUGGUUCAAGAACAUGGGAGAUCGGGUGUACUCUAUGCAUCCACACGGCUUGCAGUACAAGAAAAACAGCGAAGGUGCUCUCUACCAAGACGGCACCUCUGGUUUUAACAAGGCCGACGACAUGGUGCCGCCAGGAGAGGUGUACAUGUACGAUUGGCUCGUCACGGAGUCAUCGUCCCCUGCCGACGAUGACGAGGACUGUCUCACCUGGGCCUACCACUCUCACGUCAACCCAGCCCGUGACACAAACACGGGCCUUAUCGGAAUUCUGAUCACCUGCAAACCGGGUACCUUGUCUACACUGAAACAUAAAUACGAUAAGCAGUAUGCGUUAUUAUUGUUUGUGACUGAUGAAAACGACAGCUGGCUGAUUGACGAGAAUAUCGAGACCUUCAUUGCUGAUCCUUCAAUUAUCGACAAAGAGGAUCCUGAUUUUAGGGAAAGCAACAAAAUGCACGGGAUUAAUGGAAGAGUGUACGGGAAUCUGGAAGGGCUGACAGCUUGUGUAGGGGACAACAUCUUGUGGCACCUCGUGGGGUUUGGGACUGAAGUGGACCUUCACACUCUCAGGAUCAGCGGCCACUCAUUCUCAUCGGAUAAACACAGAAUCGACUCAGUCACCCUGAAUCCGGUUGACUUCGUAACAGCCAGCACGAAAAUUAAUGCGGUCGGCAGAUGGCGCGUCAACUGUAAUAUCAAUAACCACCUGCAAGCUGGAAUGGCUGCCCUGCUGGAUGUCGCCCAGUGUUCGUACGGGCAUGGCAACGUCUUCUCCCUGUCCAGAACCCACAAAUAUCGGUUCUACUACAUCGGCAUAGACAUCCAUCUCUGGAACUAUGCGCCAUCCGGCAUCAACCGCUUCGACGGUACCUCCCUUACAGAGCCUGGAAGCCCAUCUGAGAUCUACUCCAAGAAGGACAGCGGACAUAUUGGCCUGGAGUAUUACAAGGCCAGAUACCAGGAGUACACCGACGCAACGUUUACACACUUGAAAAAGCGCGGACCUGACGAAGAGCACCUAGGGUUGAUGGGACCUGUGAUUCGAACGGAAGUUAAUGAAGUCGUUGCUAUAACGCUGUACAACGAUGCAGACCGGCCUUACUCCAUCCAUCCCCAUGGCGCAGUCCUCGUCAAGAUGUAUGAGGGCGCCCUCUACAACGAUAGCGACUUCUCCAAACAAGACGACCUGGUGAAGCCGAAGCAGAAGGUAACGACGUACUGGUACAUUCCGGAGAACAUGGGGCCGGGGCCCACUGAUCCUCCCUGCAUCACCCGCCUGUACACGUCAUCGUCGCUGGACGUGGUGCGGGACUCCAACGCCGGUCUGUUCGGGCCCAUCCUCAUCUGCCGCCGAGGGGCGCUGGGAAAAGACAAUAAACAGGUACAGGUGGAUCGCGAGUUCUUUCUAUUGUUUUCUAAAAUCGACGAGAACGAGUCCUGGUACAUUGAUUUCAACAUUCAACAAGCUGGCCUGGUCAACGUGAACCCUGCAGACCCUGAAUUUCAGGAAUCGAACCGCAAGAACGGUAUCAACGGAUAUAUUUACGGCAAUUUGCCAGGCCUUGACAUGUGCACGGGGGAUCGCGUGUCGUGGCACGUGCUUAGCCUCGGCUCCGAGGCUGACUUGCACAGCGUCUACUUCCACGGUCAUGACGUCACCGACUUCGACACCCACCGUAGCGCCGUCCCCCUCCUGCCGGGGCUCACCAAGACGCUGUACAUGCACACCAUCAACCCGGGUGAGUGGGCUCUCGUCUGCCGCACCAAUUCUCACUACACGGCAGGCUCCAUCGCCCUCUACAACGUCAGCGACCACUGCGACUUGAAACGUGAGCACAACAUAGGGCCCAGCGACGUCUUUCACCGGCCCCGGCGAAGGUACUACAUACAGGCUGAGGAGGAGCUUUGGAACUUCUUGCCCUCAGGGAUCGACCAGAUUAGUGGGCAGCAGCUCAAUGACUCCAGCUCCGACGGAUACAUCUUUACGACGUCUGAUCCUCCAUAUUUGGGCACAGUUUACAAAAAGGUCCGCUAUCAUCAGUACACUGAUGCCACGUUCACAACCGAGAUCCUGCGAGAGGACGACGAACAGUUCAUGGGCAUGCUUGGACCAGUCAUCCUAGCAGAGUAUCUGGACAUCAUCGAAGUGUACUUUCGAAAUAUGGCCUCAAGGCCGUACACUAUUCAUGCCCAGGGACUAUUUUACAACAAAAGCAAUGAAGGUUUGUCUUACGGAAGUAACCCCCAGCACACCUCGGCGUCACAAGGCGUGAACCCUGGAGAAACUGUGAAGUACGAGUGGUCAGUGCCACUGGACUACGCGCCGGCCACCGGUGACCCCAACUGCAUCGUGCAGGCCUACUACUCAGCCGUUAACCCCCCGAAGGACACUAAUUCUGGACUUUUGGGUCCUUUUGUGAUCUGCAAGCCUGGAAUUCUUGACAAACGUGGAAGGCGUCAGGACGUCAAGAAGUCAGCGCCGCUUUAUUUCAGUAUCAUCGACGAAAAUGAAAGCUGGUACCUAGAAGAUAACAUCAGAAUGUUUGGUACUCCAGACUCUGCUAGCGACCCAAGAUUUCAAGAAAGCAAUCUAAUGCACAGUAUCAACGGCUACUUAUACGGGAACAACCCUCCACUAACUAUUCCCCAGUACGAACUGGUUGAUUGGCAGCUCAUGAACUUGGGAUCCGAACUGGACAUUCACGACGUCCAUUUCCAUGGCAACGAGAUUAACGUGUACGAGAGCGGCAUACACCACCGGGACGUGAUGCAACUAUAUCCGGGCAUCUUCCGUGACGUCACCAUGAACGCCACCAUGCGCGGGAAGUGGCUGCUGCACUGUCAUGUGCACGACCACAUCAAAGCCGGCAUGGAGACCUUCUAUGCCGUCGUCUAAGAACCAGCAUUGCUUCCGAGACAUUGUAAAAGAGCAGCUGCAUACUUGUAAAUACAAAUUAUGUUGAUCCAUUGUUUGAUCCGAGAAAGACAACGGUUGACUAAAAAGUUCUGUCAAAAUUCUGA